UGGUGCCCCGCCCCCCCAGGCCUUGGCGGGGUCAUGGGGGCCCCCCGUUCUGGGCCGGGGGGCGUGCGAGUCGGGGCCCUGCUGCUGCUCGGCGUUUUGGGGCUGGUGUCUGGGCUCAGCCUGGAGCCUGUCUACUGGAAUUCGGCGAAUAAGAGGUUCCAGGCGGAGGGUGGCUACGUGCUGUACCCGCAGAUCGGGGACCGGCUCGACCUGCUCUGCCCCCGGGCCCGGCCUCCCGGCCCCCACUCCUCUCCCAAUUACGAGUUCUACAAGCUGUACUUGGUCGGGGGUGCCCAGGGCCGGCGCUGUGAAGCACCCCCUGCCCCAAACCUGCUCCUCACUUGUGACCGGCCGGACCUGGAUCUCCGCUUCACCAUCAAGUUCCAGGAGUAUAGCCCUAACCUCUGGGGUCAUGAGUUCCGCUCGCACCACGAUUACUACAUAAUUGCCACGUCGGAUGGGACCCGGGAAGGCCUGGAGAGUUUGAAGGGAGGCGUGUGCCUCACUAGAGGCAUGAAGGUGCUUCUCCGAGUGGGACAAAGUCCCCGAGGAGGGGCCGCCCCCAGAAAGCCUGUGUCUGAAAUCCCCAUGGAGAGAGACCGGGGCGCAGCCCACAGCCUGGAGCCUGGGAAAGAGAACAUGCCAGGUGACCCCACCAGCAAUGCAACCUCCCGGGGUGCUGAAGGCCCCCUGCCCCCUCCCAGCAUGCCCGCGGUGGCCGGGGCAGCGGGGGGGCUGGCGCUGCUCUUGCUGGGCGUGGCAGGGGCUGGGGGUGCCAUGUGCUGGCGGAGACGGCGGGCCAAGCCUUCGGAGAGUCGCCACCCUGGUCCUGGCUCCUUCGGGAGGGGAGGGUCUCUGGGCCUGGGAGGUGGAAGUGGGAUGGGGCCUCGGGAGGCUGAGCCUGGGGAGCUAGGGAUAGCUCUACGGGGUGGUGGGGCUGCAGACCCCCCAUUCUGUCCCCACUAUGAGAAGGUGAGUGGUGACUAUGGGCAUCCUGUGUACAUCGUGCAGGAUGGGCCCCCCCAGAGCCCUCCCAACAUCUACUACAAGGUAUGAGGGCUUCUCCUACCUGGCUCUCCCGGA